GACUAUAUGUCUGCAGCUCUUCUUAGGCUUAGCAGCUGGCUGGUUGUGAAUGUGACUUUAAUUUUAUGGCAUGUUAGCCGCAAGAAAUUUGUGCCGUCUUUUCUCUUUUCAGCAAGUCCAGCUGAAUAUCACAAGGAGUAUGGCAUCUUCUAAGACAAAAGAUCUGAAAGUGAAUCAUAGCUGUGAGGAGCAAGAGUUUUACAUCGAACUCGAUCCACCUGACAGAGCUGUUUUGGACUAUGAUCGUCUAUCAGAUGGAUCGGUUGAUAUGCAUCACACUGGGGUUCCAACAUCGUAUCGUGGGAGGGGCAUUGCGGGUAUUCUGGCAAAGGCAGCCUUCUCCCACUUCACCUCAGAAGGCACCAAGAUGAUGCUGACGUGUACGUACCUCCAGAAGUAUUAUAAGGAACAUCCGGAUGCCAGCACUCCAGACCUUGUUACUCUACCAAGUUAGCACUAAUUAACAGAGCCACGGUGAGGUUCAGAAAUCACAGAUCAGAUAAUCAGUCAGGCCUCAGUUAUUGAAUACUGCAGAAGAUCAAAAGAACUGGUAGGUGUUUUGAAAUGAGCAAUGAUGGAAUCUGUUAUGAUUAUUCUACCAGGAUAUUAAACAAUGCAAAAGAUCAAAAGAACUGGUAGGGUUCUAAAAUGAGCAAUGACGGAAUGUGUUAUAAUUAUUCUACCAGUUUAUGAAACACUGCAGGGGAUUAAAAGAAGUGUGAUAGAGGUUCUAAGAUAAACAAUGAUAGAGAUUAGACAAAAUUUUACCAGGAUAUAAAACACUGCAGAAGAUUAUAUGAAAUGUGAUAAAGGUUCUACAUGUAACAUGAACCAAAGUGAGUUUUUGCAAUUGCAACAGGGAUGGAUUGAAAUUAAGACCUUAUUUACUCUCCCAAAUGAUUGCAAUCAGAGCAUGAGAAAGAAUUUGAGAUUUUAUGAUGAUCAAUCAGAUACUCAAUAGGAUCUUACUACUCUAAUAAUUGUUAUGAUUUAUUUGGCAAAUGAAUUGAUACAAAGAAUACAUGACAAUUCAGAGAA